GUAACGAUUUUAACAAAUUAGAUGGAUUAGAAUUCAAUUAAGGAGAACGAGAUUUCAAAUCAAUUUUAUCUGGUGCUACGAUAAAAUGCUUCAAUUAUAAAUUAUGACGUGUUAUUAACAUAAGCAAAUGGCGUCAGCUACGUUUAACGCUAUUCAUUGAAGAUGGACUACGCAGGCAAUUCUCUAGCACUUAUAUAAAUACUUGUAAAAAACAAAGAAAAAUGUCCACCCAUACUACUGCAAUAGUCGAAGAAUUGGCAAAGGAUUAUGCGAGUUAUGCAAAAUUGGAUUUAUCUAAUCAAAUGAAAAGUUUCCAUAAUACCAUUGAGGAUGUAAUGAUGCGGUUAGAAGAAUUUCAAUCGAUCAUAGAAAUGGUUCAGACCGAAAGAAUGCAAUGCAUGGAUCAGCAUAUUCCACAAUUGCAAGACAUGCAACAAGAAGUUGUGAAUCUUUGUAGACGUAUAGAUGCUUUAGAACAUGUUAUAGCAUUGGCUAAUGUAAAUUUAACCACUUUAGAAGCUGCUGUUGAAAAUGCAGAAGCUGAAUUAGGAAUUUCUGAUAGAUUAUUUGGAAUGUUAAAUCCUUUAUCCUUUUUUAAAAAGAGUCAAGAACCAUUAUUACCAAAUAAGUUACCAGUAUUUAAACAGCCUACAAUAUAUAGAACGAAUGACUAUUUUAACAGCGAGUAGACAACAUUCAAAUCUGAGAUGUGUAAUAUAAUAUACUUACUAAUUAAACAGAUAGGUGAAACUGUAUUGAAUGUCGAAAAGAGAUCUUAAUUUUUUUGAAGAAUGUGCAUUUGUGAGGUGAAUUCUGCAGAUUUUUAUCUUAGGUGAAAGGCAUUCUCAGAAAAAGUAUCAACAUGCUGCAAGAGUACAUGUUUUUAAUUGUGCUUUCUUUUCACCUACAGAACAGCUGCCAGCUAUACAAUGUCUCCAUCUUGCUAUUUUUCCUGCACCACAAGUAACACUGCAACUGGACCAGUGUCCCCAUUGAUCCCAUAUUUUGGGUUCUUGUCUACUCAAUCUACCUAGUAUCACAAUAUUUUUUUUAACAAGCAGUACUUUUCAUUACAUACAAAGAUAUUAAUAAAAAUAUAAAAUUACGAAUAGCAAUAUAAAUACAUAGGAAUAACUUCCUAAACAAAUUUCAUAUGCUCUGUGAUAUAAGUUUUAAUAUUGGUUAUGUAACUUAUAAAAUAGAAAGUGAAGUUCAUGAGGUUUAUAAUCCUGUAAUAUGUAACCCUGAAGAACAAAUUAUCCUUUUGUAAUAACACAUGCUAAUCUUUCUCUUAAAAUAAUUUGAAUAGAAACAGUCUUGUUGAGAAGAUCAUAAUAUUUGUAUGUACAACCUAACUCUAAUUAAUAUCUAAUUAUUACGUCUUAUCUUUUAUGUAUUGACUGUAUUGUUCAUUAUCACAUUUAUUUUUAUAAUUAAAGGUUUUAAUCAAUCA